UUUUCUACAUAAAUUGUGUGUUUUUAGGUUAUAUAUUUAUUAUAUUAAAACUCUUUGUUGUCUUUGUUGUAAAUUGUUGACACUUUAACAAUUUUAUCGUUUGACGUAAAAUUUCGUCGAUUUUGUUUAAUUUUUGCUUUCUCACGAGAAAGUUUUCUAUUUCAUGAUUGUUGUCAAUGUAUCCGCAAAUAUUGGAGAAAUAAUAAAGAAAUUCUAAAAUAUGAAGCCGCCAAAGAUGAAAAGAUUUCUGCCAAAUGAAUGCUAUAUUUGUAAAUCGAGGGACAAUUUAAAAAAAUGUGAAUGCAACAUGAUUUACUAUUGCUCUGAGGAUCAUCGAUUAGAGCAUUUGCCAGUUCACGAGACUUUUUGCAAAGUAAUUAAAGAAUUAUUAAAAGAAAAAAAAGUGUCGCAUAUUUAUGAAGAGCUUACAAAUAUAACUGGCUCCCCUUGGUUAAAGGAACGAGAUAAAAUUUAUGGAGAAAUAUUAAAGAAAUUAGAAAGAAAUAUGAGUCCAUUAGAAAAUUUAAUGUUUUAUCAUCCGCGAAACUGUUUCGAUUGUUCGAAUACAAAAGAUAAAGAUUUACUCAAUUGUCCCCAUUGUCCAGUAGUAAGUUUUUGUAAAAUUCAUCCUAAUUUUGAAAAUCACAAUAUAAACUGUGAAGUACUGAAUCGAUAUUUAAACAUUCUGAACACAGCAGAGGAAUUAAACAUUGACUUAAAAUUUCUAUCUCCAACAUUUCCUUGUAUUAGAGAAGAAAAUGUAAAUCAAUAUGUAGACCUACUUACACUCACAUUUUACGUAGCUGACAUGAAAGAAGUUUUUUUAAAAUCGAGAUUGAUGAAAAUGGACCUAAUUAACUUUAUGGACUUAGCUUCGAAAAUUAAUAACGCUUUACAAAAAAUACACAAGACUAUUCCAAAAGAAUUAUUAAUUCACAUUGAUGUCCUUUCUUAUGAACACGCAAUCGCAGAAGAAAAUUAUUGGGAAUUUCUCCUCCAUCUCAAUCCGCUGAUAAAAAAGUUAAAAAUUGUCAUCACUCAAACUAAAAAUCGGGACAAUUUAGAGACGCCUCUUUGUCAAGAUUGUGAUUCAGAGGGAAAAAAAUUAAUUGUUAAAUAUUUGUCAAAAUCUUACGACGAUUACAUGCAAGAUGAAAAUUAUCAAGAACCAGAUAUUCUUUUUUACGUUCAAAUCAAUGAUGAAUGUAAUUCCGAAAGAUUAAAUCAGUGGAGUAAAUUUAAUUUUCCCAUUAUUUUGCGACUUGAUUCAAAACUAAAUUUUUGUAAAGUACAUAAUUUUCUAUCGCAUGUAACAGCAAAGUUUCUAUUUAUUUACGAAGGAAAAAUAAUAGCACCAUUCGGUAUAUUAUCCUCAAUUGAAAAUGAAGACUAUUUUAUUAUUUUGCAAUCAGUGGAAAUCUGCGAGGAUAAAAUUGCUACAAGUACAAUUGAAAUUCUUUCAGAAAUUAAAAAUACUGGUCAUCAAUGUGGUAAAAAUAAUAGUGCAAAUGGUAUAGAAAAUGCUUCUAAAAUUACUCCGUCAGAAUCGUCAGAAUCAAAAGACAAUUCUGACAAUAACGAAAAUUCAAAAUUGGAAACAAACGAAAAUCAAUCAGCUACCGUUUCUCUUCCCAAGGAAAACAAGAAUAUAAUUGAGAACGAAAAUACAAACAAAGACGAAAUUGAAUCUGCAAAAAAUUCCAAUUGCGAACAAACGGAAAAUAGAGAAUCGAAUAAUGAAGAAAAAUCAGAAGAUCGUGUGACACUUUCUCCAUCGUCUUCUAUACGUUCAUUUUUCAUUAUUUCGGGACACGGAGAAGAGGAGGAAGAAAAAAAUACAGAAACUGAAGAAAAUGGAAAAUUUUUAAAGUCUGUCGACAACGAAUUUUUCGAUCCAAGUGGCAAAGGGCGAAAAAAUACGAAAGUGGGCGAUAUGGAGAAGAAAAAUAUUGAAGAGCGGAAAGAAGAGGAAAAUGAUAAGAAAAUUCUCGUCAAUUUGGAAAGUUUCGAUAACAAUGAAACAGUAGUUAAUUCAUCUCAGUCCUAUGUAAUUGGACAUGUUUCGUAUCUUGAAAAUGAAAUCGAAGGUUUACGACAACAAUUAAAUUUAGCAUUCAAUGAGAUAACGAAACUACAAACAAAAGUUAAUCAGCUUUCUUUUAAUUUAAACAAAAAGGAAAAGGUAAUAAAGAAAUUAUUACGUGUUAUUGUUGACUCUGAAGACACUGAUUCACAGUGUGAUGAAGAGGAGGAAAUUUAAAUCAAUUUUCAACAAAAAAUUCCUUCUAUCUUUUCUUUAAAAAAGAAUUUUCUAGUUUGUCAUUUUUUUGAAUUCAAAAUUCAAUUAUUACUUAACUUUUUAUUUUCUCUUUUAU